UGCAUUGUCUUCGGUAGUGAACCUUUUUUCAAUCCUCUGCUUAUAAAAGUGUCCAACUCCCCUGCCUCUCCCUCCAAUCUCUCUGUCUCUGUCUUGUCUGUCUGUCUCUCUCUCUCACACGGUCACACCCAUACAAAUGGAUCCAGCGAGUAAGAAAGAGGUAGCUGUUGAGGUUUUUCCCUACCUUAGAGAAUACAAAGAUGGAACCGUGGAAAGGACUGCGGGGACCCUAGUUGUCCCCGCAGGCUUCGAUCCUCAAGCCGGCGUUGAAUCUAAAGACAUAGUCAUCAUACCAGAAACCGGCGUCUCCGCCCGGCUCUACCGACGUCGCAAUCUACCGACCGCCAACAAGAGUGAGAAUAAGCUUCCUCUCGUUCUCUACUUUCACGGCGGAGCAUUUUGCAUAUCGUCAGUCGCCGAUCCCCUCUACCACAACAGUCUCAACAUCCUAGUUGCCGAUGCUAACAUCAUCGCCGUCUCGGUGGACUACAGGAGAGCCCCGGAGCAUCCCCUUCCGGCGGCAUACGAGGACGCCUGGGCUGCGCUUCAGUGGGUGGCUUCCCAAGUCGAUGAUCGCCGCCACGAUGGCCACGAGCCAUGGCUCAAGGAUCAAGUUGAUUUUGGGAAGGUGUUCUUGGUAGGAGACAGCGCUGGCGCCAGUAUGGCUCACCACGUGGCGCUACGGGCAACAGGAAAUGUAGUGAAGCUCCUUGGCAUUAUUCUAAUCAAUCCUUACUUCUGGGGAGAAAAGGCAAUCGGAUCGGAGAUUACAGACCCGGUGAGAAAAGCGAUGGUGGACAAUUGGUGGCGCUAUGUCUGCCCAUCUAAGAAAGGUGGCGAUGAUCCGCUCAUCAACCCUUUUGCAGAAGGAUCCCCAAGUCUUUCCAACUUGGCCUGCCAUAAAAUCCUUGUUACCGUUGCUGAGAAAGACAUCUUGAGGGAUCGAGGGAGGCUUUACUACGAAAAGUUGGUGAAUAGCGGAUGGACAGGAAAGGCUGAGAUCGUGGAGACCCAAGGGGAAGAUCAUGUCUUCCAUAUCUUCGACCCAAAUUGUGAGAAAGCCAAGAGCUUGAUUAAACGCUUGUCUUCUUUCAUCAACCAAAGCCAUCUUUAAUUUCAGUUUGGAAAAUGUUGCUGUCAUUGCUGAUUUUAUAUCUGUAGAGAAAAAAGGCACCAUGCACGGAUGCACCUUUGCUGCUGAACCGCUGGUGGGUCUAGAUCUUGCUUGUCAUGUUUUCCAUUUUCAUGUUGUGAUUCGCAAUUGAUCUACUUCCUGUCCACUUGUCAUAAUAAUAUUGUUUAAUCUAUUUCUUCGUUGAA